AUGCCCGGUGCUGCCUUGAUGGAUGUUUAUGGCCCGCUUGAAGUGCUCUACCUUGUCACGGGCCGCUUUCAUAUAAAUCUCAAGAUAAUCAGCCCUGACGGCAAGAAUGUGAAGCUUACGCCGCCACUAGGCAACCAGUUCAACUCAACCUUCGCUCCCGAGUAUGUUGCCUCCGCAAGCUUUGAUGAUGAUAUCGACCUCGACGUUCUUAUUGUGCCUGGCGGCGCUGCGGCCCGGGACACUAGUCUCACUUACGUGGACAAUUAUCUUGUUAAGAUGUAUCCCAAGCUUGAUUAUUUGAUUUCCAUUUGCACGGGAGCCAUCUUCCCCGCUCGCGCCGGCCUCUAUGAUGGUAGACGUGUGACCACGAAUAAGAAUGCGUGGAAGUUGGUCACAGCGCAUGGCAACAAUGUCACCUGGGUUGCGCCAGCUCGAUACGUCAUCGAUGGCAACAUCUGGUCCUCUUCUGGGGUUUCAGCAGGCGUUGAUCUCAUGCUGCAUUGGGUCAAGGAAUGGUAUGGCGAGGCAAUAUUCAACACUAUCCGUAUCGGUGGUGAGCACAUUGUGCAUGGCCAGGAUGAUGAUCCCUUCACCGACGAGCUUGGUGUGCCACAUCAGGGCCAACUGUAG